UGUAGUCACAUCAGUGUCUGUCGUCACCUGAUGUUAGGAGCUGCAGGUAAAAGGCGUGGCCAAACACAUUUGCGGCAGUUGACCUGAGAGCACCGAGAUUAAAGGACGCUGCUGGCGGCGUCCACUUUAAUCGACACAAAAGUAAACAAAGAUGGUGGAACAAACAAGGCGUGAGAGUGGUGUGGUCUCUCUCCAGGCUGGACCUGGUGAGGUGGACACUGGCACCAUGUUUGAUAUUAACCACAGAAUCAGUGACAGGACUGCUCGUGCUGUUGCUCGUCAACUGGCUGCGAUUGGAGACCAGCUGGACCGGGAGUGGACCAGCAGACGACCAGACCGGCUACCAACUCCUCUGCACGUGCUGCGACCUGCACAGGUCCUGACCAGGACCAUGUAUCGGGACAUUCACAACCAGUUGUGGGGCCUCCAGGGUCUCUCUGCUGCAGUGAAGGCCUGGGUCGUGACCUCUGUGCCUGGGCACGGUGUCCGCAGAGCCGAGGCCUGGACUGCUUGGGUUUCCAGCAUGAACGCAGUAACCCGCAGUGACGGGAGCAGAGGAGCGGCGGUGACUGUGGCUCUGGUGGCUCUGGUGGCUGCGCUGACCCUCGUCAGCACCAUGUGGACGGACUGGAGAGACUAAAGAGUCUUUAAGCACUUCUUCUUCUUCUUCUUCUUCUUCUUCUUUUUUUUAAUUUGACAAAAAAAAUGUUUGCAAAUGAGUGAAAAUGAUUGUUAAUUGAUUUGCUUCUGCUGUUUACCUUGACUUCUCUUUUUAUACUAUAUUAACGGGUGGUAUUGAAGCUGACGCAGAAGACUGUGAGCUCAGUUCUGAGGCAACAUAACCGGGAACACUGUAGCACUGACACGUCGACGACCCGACGACUGGACUGUCGCUGGCCUGCAGUCUUUUGUAUCAACAUUAGUUUCUUACUGGUUUAAGAGGCGUGUUUUGUUUUUGUUUUUUUACAGAUGAUGAUAUGUACCCUGGUUUAAUAUAAAAUAAAAGGGAGCUGGACUUUCUGCUUUUCACAAGAUGCAAAAUAAAGUUCAUAAUGACA